GUUAGGUCUAAUGUCCAGUCCAGCAAUCUCUGGUCCAGUCUAAACUUCAAACCAAGAUAAAUAAUGCUAUACUCGUAGUAAAUUAUUGCAAAAGAACGCCGUCCGUAAAAGAAUCUUCUUUAUUAGUAUAGAGUUCUUUUAGCAUUAAACUGUGCUAUGUAAUCUGAAUAAAUAUUCAUCUCAUCAUUUAUUUCUUUAAUAAUUGAUUAAACACAGUUCAGGCAAUGAUUGUAGUUGGAGAAGAGGCAGAAGCCUUGGUAUUAGCAAUUAGAAAUGGAAUCGUUCAUGAAAUAGAAUUAGCUUUCGCAAAUGACAUUUAUAUUGAACAUUGUGGAAAUUACUAUUGUGUUCUGAAUUAUGUUGCGCGUUAUGGUAAAGUUUCUAUUCUCACCUUAUUACUAAAAAAUGAGAAAUUAAUAAAACAGAUAGACUUAGACACUUCCUUACCAAUAGCUGCAGAGAAUGGUCAUACUGCUGUUGUGGAAUUAUUAUUAAAAAAUGGAGCAAAUAUUGAUUCCAUGAAUUCAAGAGGUCUCACUUCUUUAUUUCUAGCCGUUGACUAUUGCCAUACAGAAGUAGUAAAUAUAUUAAUAAGAAUGGGAGCAGACACUUCAGUAGCAAACGAAUUUCAAGAUACUCUUUUACAUCGAGCUGUAAGAAAUAAUUCCAAAGAAAUAACUUUACUCUUAAUCGACAAUGGAGCUAACAAAGAAAUAAAAAAUAAAGAUGGAGCAACGCCAUUACUAAUUGCAGUUCAAUCUAACUAUAUAGAUAUUGUUAAUAUUUUGCUAGAAGCGGGAUCAAAUGUGAAUGCACGCGAUAAUUUUGGCAAUACUUCUCUUCAUGUGGCUUGUGAAAAAGGCAUCCUGAGUACUGUAAAACUGUUAUUAGAUGCAGGUGCAGAUAUCAAUAUGCAAAAUGCUUCAGGCUGGACUCCUUUGAUAUAUGCUUGUUAUUUUAUUCCAAACGUCUUUGGAAGUUUGGUGGAACUUGUGGAAUUAUUAUUAAAUCGAGGGGCAGAUGUCAGCCUCACCGAUAACUUCAGAAACACAGUAUUGCAUGUUUGCGUUAGAAAUCUCAAUAAGAAUACCCCCAUUAUAAGAUUAUUACUUGAACAUGGAGCUUAUGUGAAUAGCAGAAAUUCAGAAGGAUAUGACGUUUUUCAUUUGGCUUAUAAAUUUGGAGACAAUGAUUUCCCAAAGUUUUUAAUCACAUUUAUUUUGUACUCAAAUAUCAACACACCUAAACCCAAGCGUUACAACGGUGGAAAUAUUUCGAGAUUCUGGAAUGCAUGCAAAUCAGAAUUAGAACUAAUGGAGACGUGUAAAAUAGCUGAGAGCAAUAUAUCCUACAGGCAAUUAUUGCUCGAAAGAAAUAAUAAUAAAUUAACAGCUUAUCUCAGUAAUCCGGACAUAGUUAGUGAACUCGACACACUAGAUUAUAUCCAGAAAUAUCCUAUAUACGCACAGUACAUUACUGAAAAAAUAAAUAAAGGAGAGUUUAGACUACGCUUGUACUACGAAGCAGAUAAAGUUAUGAAUCAUAUCAGUCCGCUUUUGCCGAUAGUUACGAAAAAUAUAUAUAAUUAUUUGUCGAAUAGUGAUUUAGCAAAUUUAAUUGGUUGGGACGAGUCUUACAACGAGUUUUACUCUGAAUCUGCCCGUGUCAAUAAGUAUUAGAACAUUCAUGAAACAAAACGAUGGCGAAACAAAAUGAAAAAUUACAUUUUCUGACAUCAUAACAAAUUUCUCUCAUAUUUUCCUCGGUCCACAUUAUAGACCAAGGAAAUAAGCAAAAAAGUAGCCUGUUUGUGACACACUGAACCGGACAGGCAAACGACAAUUGUUUUGAGUAGUAUGGACCUCUAUGACAAGAACCUAUAUGUUUGGGAAAGUAUGUACUAUUUUCAUAUUUUUACAUUUAAUAUUUUUUAUGUGAUCUA